GCGUGGCGGGCCGGAGGGGCGGGCACGGCAGCAGGGCCGGCGCUGGGGAAGGCCGGAGGUCCGCCUUCCGGCCCGAAGUUCCCGUCAGACCGAGCCCAAAAGUUGCUGCGCGCACGAGGGGCAGAGACCCGCACUGCCCCGGAGGAAGCGGGAGGCGGGGAACGGGGCGUCCCCUCUGGCCGCGGCGGGGGUCUCAGGACGGGCUUCCCGCGCGGGAGCCGCGGCCAGUGCAGCGCGGCCCCUGGGUACCCCCGCCCCGCAGGCCUGCCUAGCAACCGUCGCUAGGGGGCGUGGCCGCGUGAGAGGCUCGAGCCUCAUGAAUAUUCUGGUAUGCAGAUAAGGCCCCGCCCGGUUGCCAAGGCUCCCGGGUCGCAGCCCCGAGGCCAGAAGAACUGGCGGAGUCGGAGAGCGCCGCGGCCGCGGGCACCCAGGGCCGGGCCCCGGGCUGGGCACCCCGGCGCCCCGCAGCGAGCCCUGGCCGGGGAGGACGACCUUCAGCUGGUGCGGGUGCUGGAGAUGUGCGUGGACACACGGGAGAGCAGCCUGGGGAACUUUGGAGUGCACCUGCCCAACCUGAACCAGCUGAAGUUGAAUGGCAGCCGUCUGGGCUCCCUCAGAGACCUGGGCUCCUCCCUGGGCCGCCUGCAGGUGCUGUGGCUGGCCCGCUGCGGUCUGGCUGACCUGGAUGGCGUCGGCUCCUUACCAGCACUGAAGGAGCUGUACGUCUCCUACAACAACAUCUCGGACCUGAGCCCGCUGUGCCUGCUCGAGCACCUGGAGGUGCUGGACCUAGAGGGCAACAGCGUGGAGGACCUGGGGCAGGUGGGCUACCUGCGACUGUGCCCACGGCUGGCCACGCUAACCCUGGAGGGCAACCUGGUGUGCCUGCGGCCGGACCCCGGCCCCACCAGCAAGGCGCCCCGGGGCUACAACUACAGGGCCGAGGUGAGGCGGCUCGUCCCCCAGCUGCAGCUGCUGGAUGAGGUGCCGGCCACCCACACGGGCCUGCCGGCCCCUCCGAAGCUGGACCAGGACUGGCUCAUGGUGAAAGAGGCCAUCAAGGAGGCUGGCGUCCUGCCCUGGCUGGAUGGACACCACGGAGCUGCUGUGCAGAGCCUGGACCUGGAGCUGCCCCUGUCCAGGACCCGGCCCUGGGCCCCCAGGCACCUGCCCUACUCCUCUCUGGUCCCUGGGGGCCCCCUGGCUGACGGCCUGCUUGCUGAGGAGCUGGCCCCAGACGACCACGCCAGCAACCUCACCCACGGUGCCAGCCGAGUGCUGUGUGGGAACCCCACCAGAGGCCUGUGGGAGCGCAGAAAGCAGUGCCAGGCCUGGGCUUCCCCGGAGCAGCUGCCCCAGUGCAGGCCAGAAGAGCUGGCCGCCAGCACCCCCAGCCCAAGGCCUGGGCCCCAGCCCCAGAGAGACCCUGGGCUGUGUCACCCAGCACCCAAACCAUGGCACCUGCCGUCCCAGCAGAGAGGAGCCGCAGCCCCCCGGGGCCCAUGGAGGGUCCUUGAGCAGCAGGACGGCCAGGCUGGACCCAAGACUUCCUCCAGCCCCCUGAGCCCAGCCUCAGAGCCUUCCAGGAGCCUUGGCGGUGACCUGACGCCUUCUCCCCCCAAGCACCCACCUGGCCACCCUCCAGGGUCUGCAGGCCUGCCAUUCAGGGGGCGGCGGCUCAGAGCCCUGACCAGUCUGGGGCCUGGCCUGGGGCAGGGAAUGGCUACAGUGACUGCCCUGAGGGCCCUGGAGGUGGCCUCAGGUCCAGGCCCCCAGUGCCCGGGACGUCCAGACCCACAGGCGGCACCGGAUCCAGCAGCCAGAGCCCGGGGCCUCCAGUGCCUGCGGCCCCUGGACCCCAUCACUCCGGCCCCUUCCCGCCCUUAGUGCAAGCCCUGCCCUUGUGGGAGCCGCUCGCAGAACCCGGAGCACCUGGGCAGGUGUGUUGGGGGCAGAAGGUGGGCCUGGAGGGGUCCCUCCUGGAGGAGGGGGCUGCCGGGAGGUGGCAGAAGCCAGGACCGGCUCGGGUCCCAGCUGCCCAGCCACCAAGCCCUCCCCCCGGCCUGCGUUUGUCCCAGGUUGCCGUAGCACGCCUUGGGCCCCCUGCCCCCCAGGGUUCGUGAGGUGCUUUCCCUCGGCGCAGAGUGUCAGGAUCCAAGUGGAUUCCAGCUCUGGGUGGAAAGAAGUGUAAGGUUUACUGUGCAGGCAACGCUGGCUCAAUAAACAGGCCGCAGGCAUGUGUGCCGGGCGCUAGCGCCGCC